UGAGAGAGGGAGAGAGAGAGCCGCGGAGAGCUUCUGUUAAAAUGCCUCCCUUUCACACAUUCCUCACUUUUCUCAUCAUCCACCCAUUCUCUCUCUCUCUUCUCCCCUUCUGUUUCAUUGAUUGAUCAGUUUUCUUGUCAUUUCUCCCUUUCUUUCUUUCGUGCUUUCCUUCUCCAAAUGCAAAGGAGGGGACUGCUGAUUUCGGGGAGGUUUGUGGCCGGGUCAACAGUCUCUUCUUUCAACUCAAACCCCAUUUGCUGCUGUUUCAUCAUGAUGCCUGUUAUAUGAAAUGCUAUUGGACCUCAGAAGCCUAAAUUGGAUCAGACAUUUCAGUUAUGGAAUUUCAACAUGGCAACAAUACUGUUAGUGAUUUGAGGAUACAACCUGCAAACACCAAAGAGAGAGAUGAUCUUUCUAGCCCAAGCAAAAAUUUUAGCUUCGUGUCUUCAUCUUCUUCAAAAUCUGACUCAUCUGAAGACCACUCUGAACCCGAUGCAGAUAAAACCAGUACCACAGACAUUACAGGGACCCAUAAGCUUGACAAGGACACUGGAUUAGCUUCAGAACAUGAUGAAAGAGAUGUUCCCAACACCUCAAAUAUGAGACAGGAACAAUCUAAUCAUAUGUUGUCAGGAUCCACAUCACUUCCACCAGUUUCUAGCAAUAGCCCUGAAUUGAGCUUGGAUAAUGGUUCAACAACACAGUCUCCUCCAGUCCAGACUAUGGAGCAAACUGUUUCAUAUAGGAUUCCAUCUUCUGCAUUUGCUAGAAAUAAAUCUACUACUCCAAUGGAAUGGAGUGUGGCUUCCAAUGAAUCAUUGUUUAGCAUUCAUGGGAAUAUGAGUUUCACCAGAGACCAAAGUUUCUUGUUGGGUAGAUCUGGAGAGCUGGGAAUACCUGAAGAACCUACUAUGACGGGUCUGUCGUUCAGAUACUCAAAUGGCCAAAUUCCAGCUGUUGAUGAAAAAAGUGCUAAGUUGGAGGAGGGUUCUGGUGUAACUGAAGCAGCUGCUGGAACCAAGAAGGAGGUUUUAAAGGAAAAUGCAGAAGAUAAUAGCAAGGAAAAAUUGUCUUUACCUGACGGACCACUUAAUGAUUCCAGGCUUUCUCACCAGUCAGAUGAGAGUCGAUCCAGUGUUCAAUCUUUUGCAUUUCCAAUAUUGACAAGUGAGGGAGGAAGAAGUGGUUCACUAAAGGUGUCUGUGGCUGAGGAGCAGACCCAGCAACAGCAACAACCACAAAGCCAGUUGCAGCCACAGACCUCUGCAGCAACCCCAGAAGCAGCUCAGACUAGCUGGUUUUCUUGCUUCUCCUGUUGUUCAUCAAAAUCUUGACCCUGAUUUUAUAGACUCUGUCCCUUUCAAAGAGCUGGGAUGUUUAUGCAGGCUUGUUGAAUGCUUUCAAUGCCACAACUAUGUCAAAAAGAUACAAAAUCAUUUUUUUUUUUUCUCAUAGAUUUCCAGUUCUAUCAUUUUGAUGUGAUGAGUUUUGAAACCUGUAUUGGAAUUAAGGUAGGCAGUUUCUCAUUUGAAUUGUAUGUGAGGUAAGGUUUGUUUUUAGUACUGAUAGAAGCCAUAGUAGUCAAUGGAAGCCAUUUUUGGGAAGACUAUUCUUUUCAUUCAUACAAGGAUUUUGUUUAAGCAAUUGUGACUUAAAGCUAUCAGCAUGAAUGUUCAAAUUCUCAUUUAGUGUUA